UCACCGUCACCCUCUCCCUCCUCAAAAUGGGCACUCCAAAUCUCAGCAGCCCCUGGGCCUCUCCUCCUCCGGACCCGAAAACCGAACCCAAUAACCCAUACACAAGAAACCAACAGUCGACUUAUUAUACCCGAACCAGAUGACCACACAAAGAAGCUAGCCCCUAAGCGGGGCUCCAACAAGGACGCCCACACAAAAGUCGACGGCCGCGGGCGCCGCGUACGCAUGCUCUGCGCCGCCCGCAUCUUCCAGCACCGCGAGCUCGGCCACAAGUCGACGGGCGAGACCAUCCAGUGGCUCCUCACCCUCGAGCCCUCCGUCCUCGUGCUACCGGUCGGGUACGUGCCCGCGUCCGCUUUGACCACCGCCGCUCUUCCUCAUCUCCUCUGCUGCUCUCCCGGCCCACCAUCAGCGUUGUGGCGCCAUCAGUCUGAAACUUGCGGGGUCAGGAGCCGACGGGUCAGUUCUCGGUGGGGUUUUCCGAGGUUUAUGGAGUUCUCCGCCGGCGGAGGGGUAGGAUUUGGCUCGAUAUUGGCGGGUCGCGGGCAGCAAAGCGGGGCCUUGACGCUUGGAUUGGCUCAGGACGGGCAGCAGGAUGUUGGGGUUCUGGGUUCUCAGGGUUUUAGCCAAUUCUAUCAGCAAAUGGGGCAGCAGCCGGAGCCUCAAACUCCGGUAACCGAUGAUUCUCAAGGGUCAAGACGGUGAAUUUUGAUGAACUGGGGGAGAGAGAACCGAAAAGAUUUGAUCUUGGUGAAAUUUGGCGUCUGGAAAUGGCUGUGUUUUGUUUUAUUGGUGGUGUGUAUAUUUGAAUGAAGGGAGCUGAGUUGAGUUGGGUUGAGUUUGGUGCCGACGAAUUGUGUGCAGUUGCAGAUAUAAGAGGUGAAGUCAUCUUUGAUAAUGUAUUUUGAUCUUAAUUUUAGGUUGCAUGAAGAAUUGGCUUGUUUUUGUCAUGAGAGAAGAUCUUAAUUUUGGGUUGCAUGAAGAUAUUUGGCAUGAUAUAACUUACUUCUACGGCCACACGAUGUGAUUUUCUCUAGGACUUCAUUAUGAGUUAUCUUCCAACCCUGGAAAAAAAAAUGAAUUCACUGCUAAUCGGGCUUGAUGAAUUAUGCCAAAUAAAUUGGAGUUAUUAAUACUUGAAGAAGCUGUAUCAGAGGUCUAGUGUUUCAUAUUUCAAUCAAAGUGUUAGUGUUCAUUUGUAUGCCUUUAUGAGAAGUACCUCCAGGCUUCUUCAUGUUCAAAGUACGAACAGAAUUAUUGAACUUGUAUAUUCAAUUUUGGUAAUUAAUAGGAUGGGAGCUAUACGUUGGAUUUAAA